AUAUGUCUUUUUCCAGUUUCAGUACUCCUCAUGUCGUGGUUUGGAGUGGAACAAGUAAAAGCGAAUUCCUGCAUCAGAACCGCUCGCACAAUAUAUUGCUACGAGUGUGACAGUUGGACGGAUGUACGCUGUAAAGACCCGUUCAACUACACAGCAUUGCCGCGCGACCAGCCGCCAUUGCAGACUUGCAACGGCUGUUGCGUCAAAAUGGUCCGGUACUCCAAGAGCCCGUACGAGGUCGUCAGACGUACGUGCACAUCGCAGCUCCAAAUCAAUUUGUUUAUGGUCGACCACGUUUGCAUGAUGGAAAGUACUGGCACGGGCCACAUGUGUUUCUGUGAGGAGGACAUGUGUAACGGAGCGGGGGCGCUCACCUCGACGCUGCUUCUCACACUGACGCUAGCAUGUGCAUGCCUGAGGUGAAGUAGAUUAGAUUACAAUCACCGUCAAAUAAAAAAAGCUCUGUUUCACAGCGGAGGGGAUGGAUCUGCGCACGCGUCUUAGUACCAGUGUUGUUGCGAUAGCUAUAGAUUCGUUAUCGAUAGUUGACCUUGAAAAGAGUCGCACUGCCGCUAGAACUAUCGAAACUAAUCAGUACGUUAGUAUCGAGCGAGAAAUAAGUAAAUAUUUGUUGUAUCGAUAUGCUAUGGAUAUUUAGCCGUGUAUUACUUAUUUUUGACACUCAAUAUU